CACCAUAAUUAUUUUGUUAAGUUUUGCUCAUUUGAGUUGGCUACAAGAUUUUCUUUGUUCUGUAGUCAUGUUUUGUUCAUUUCUUAAGUAAUCGACUACUCUACUUGGUUGUUUUUAUGAAAAAAGAAUCAUAAGAUGAAGUGAAUCUUAAGAAAUCCAAGUAUUAUUUUUUAUGUUCAUGAUAUUCUUUCAGUUUUGACAUGAAAGCGAAAAUACAGAAACAUCAAAAUCCCUUUCUUGUGAUCAAGGCAAGCACCAGAUCCCUUUCUUCUUUGAAAUUCAUAAAGAAUCUAAUUAGUUUUUCCUAUAUAAUAAUGUUUCAUCAGAGAAAGCAAAGGACUCACAGGAUUCUCAUUGGGAGAUCUUGGAUAAAACUCCAAAUCAAAAGGAAUGGAUCCGACCCUGUAUAAUGCUGCGAUGAGAGGCAAUAUCGGAGAUGCCAAUUUUCUAAUUGGUGAUCAUUUGAAAAGGGAUGAAGAAAAAGGCUACCAAGUCACUCCAAAGGGAAACACGGUCCUCCAUGUCGCAGCCCUCUAUGGCCACUCCCAUUUUGCGGCAAAAGUCCUUAAGAUUACUCCGGCAAUGUUAUGCUGUCAAAACAAGAAAAAUGAAACCGCUCUUCACAUAGCAGCUAACGAGUGGCACACUGAAGUAGUACGUGUGCUACUUGCAUGUGUCAAAGAUCAUAAUACUAAGGAGAAACUCACGAGGAUGACGGAUGCUAGUGGAGAUACAGCCCUGCACAAGGUCAUGCGGAGCCAACAUCUAGAUGUGGUUAAGCUCUUGGUGAAAGAAGAUCCUGAAUUUGAAUUUCCGCCUAACCAUGUGCAGGAGACACCACUCUAUCUGGCGGAUGAAUCUGGUUUUCAUGAUGCUUUGAUUAUCAUCUUGAAAUCCUUCAAGAAACCAACUUACGCUGCACAUCGAUCAAAUAGAACGCCUCUGCAUGCAGCAGUAAUUCAGAAACAUAAAGAUUUUAUUAGAUCACUCUGGCAAGCCUUUAUGUGAGGAACCUGACUUAUGGGGUUGGAAUUCAUUGCACUAUGCUGUCAAAUUAGGAUUGGAAGACGUAGUUUCUGAUAUGCUGGGGUGGAAAAUAUCCUUAGUGUACCUUCCAGUAGGCAGUGAAAAUGACUGGACGACAGCAAUUCACAUUGCAGCCAGUGAAGGUGAUGUAAACAUGAUCAUUGAGCUAUUAAAUCACUGCCCUGAUUGUCGCGAUAUGCUUAACAGAAACAAUCAAAACGCUCUACAUGUUUCUGUAUUGAACAAUCAAGACAAGGUAGUCUGCUUCUUAUUAGACUCUGAUAAGUGUGACAGCCUUGUUGAUGAGCCAGAUAGUCAUGGCAACACUCCUCUUCAUCUGCUUGCUGCCUCUGGUAACCAUGUGCCUAAACUAAUAAAUAAUCCUAGAGCAAAGAAGAUGUCAUUUAACAAACAAAACCAGACUCCACUUGAUAUAGCAUUGUCAUACAAAGAGACAACAAAGAAGGAGAAAUUGAUGGAGGAUUUUUGUAGCAUUGGACGACUUGGAAAACGUGACUUUGAGGUAAAGCGGAAGUACGAGUACAUGCAUAAUCCAAAUGAUGAAAUGGAAACAGGAGUCAAAAUGCAACUGAGGGAAGAUGAUAAAGAUAAAGCUAAAAAGGCAGAUCAAACAAAAGUCAAAAGUAUUAUGAAAGUAGCUCAAAUCCAUAUUGUUGUGGCCACUUUGAGAAUGACAGUCACUUUCACCGCUGGUAUCACAUUGUCUGGAGGUUUUGAGAGCGACUCCGAUGGCGAUCAAGGGAUGGAAAUUCUAAUAAGGAAAACAACAUUUCGUGCAUUUAUUGUUUCCGAUGCCAUUGCCUUCACAUGCUCAGCUAUUGCCAUAUUCAUCUACUUCCUCAUGGCAGAUGAAAGUAGACCACCACAUUUGGAAAUUGUAAAUAAACUUUAUGAUCUCGUAGGUAUUUUUCAGUGCUUGCCAAUGUUUGCAGUUGUAAUUGCAUUUGCAACGGGUAUGCUUGCUACCUUAUCACAUUCCCUUGGUCUUGCCGUUACUGUCUGUUUAAUAGGUUGCUACUCUAUUUUAUUGUACUUCUUGGCUUUUAUCUAUAUUAUUAGAUAUAGAGAUGAGAGUAAGAUGAUGAAUAUAAGCGAGCGACAAGAAUGCUAGCUACUACUUUUACUUAUUGCUUGCAAAUGUAUAAUUCAACUACGUAUUUCAGUUUUUACCCAAUACCUUGAAUUACAUAUGACAAAUUUGAUUUUUAGUCCA